AUGAACCCAGAAAUCCCCAUCACAAUUUCCGCAACGACUUUCACUGCAACGCCCAAUGCUUCACGGUCCAGUCACCUCUACUCCACUAUCGAAGCCACCAUUCAAGAUCUGCAAACUCGAUCUGUGCUUGAUCGCCCAGAACUCCUUGUAAUUGCGGAUAUUACAACACAAGAAGGUGAACAACUAUGGGACAGGCUUGAAAAGAAUUUUGAGUCGAACGGGACUCAAAAGUCCCUUAAUUCACGCAGGAGAACUUUGAGUAUCAAGCUGUAG